AUGGCGCCGCCGUCGCCCCGUGGCAUGCUGCCGUCUAGUCGUCGGCUGGUCGCCGUCCUCCUGCUGGCCGCCGCCGCCGCGCUGGGGUUCGGCGUCCGGGCCGGCGCGGCGCAGCUGUGCGCCGAGUACUACGACCGGACGUGCCCCGGCGUGCACCGGGUCGUGCGGCGGGUGCUGAAGAAGGCGCACGAGGCCGACGCCCGCAUCUACGCCAGCCUCACCCGCCUCCACUUCCACGACUGCUUCGUCCAGGGCUGCGACGGCUCGAUCCUGCUGGACAACAGCUCGAGCAUCGUGUCUGAGAAGUUCGCGACGCCCAACAACAACUCGGCGCGCGGGUACCCCGUGGUGGACGCCGUCAAGGCCGCGCUGGAGAAGGCCUGCCCCGGCGUCGUCUCCUGCGCCGACAUCCUCGCCAUCGCCGCCAAGAUCUCCGUCGAGCUGUCCGGCGGGCCCCGGUGGCGCGUGCCGCUCGGCCGGCGCGACGGCACCACCGCCAACAUCACCGCCGCCAACAACCUCCCGAGCCCCUUCGACAACCUCACCGCGCUCCAGCACAAGUUCGGCGCCGUCGGCCUCGACGCCACCACCGACCUCGUCGCCCUCUCGGGCGCGCACACGUUCGGGCGCGUGCAGUGCCAGUUCGUGGCGCCGCGGCUGUACAACUUCAGCGGGACGGGCCGGCCGGACCCGGCGCUGGACGGGGGGUACCGGGCGCUCCUCUCGCUGCGGUGCCCGAGGGGCGGGGACGGGUCGGCGCUCGGCGACCUGGACCCGGCCACGCCGGACGCCUUCGACAGCAGCUACUACGCCAACCUUGGGGCGCGCCGCGGGACGCUGCAGUCCGACCAGGAGCUGCUGUCGGCGCCCGGCGCGCCCACGGCGGCGAUCGUCGGCCGGUUCGCCGGCAGCCAGAAGGCGUUCUUCAGGAGCUUCGCAAGGUCCAUGGUCAGCAUGGGGAACAUCGAGGUGCUGACGGGGAGCCAGGGCGAGGUCAGGAGGAACUGUAGAGUGGUCAAUGGAAGCUAGGCCCGUCGAGGAUUAAGUAUUUAUUUUAAGUACUAGCAGCUGUGUGGUGUACAUGUGGUGUGCUCAAGUCAAAUUGAGGGGCUUAACGAUCAAUUGUCUUUUCCUUGGAGAUUCAAUAAAGAGAUG